AGAAAACCCUAGUUUCAUUUACACCUCUCUCGGCCGCUCUUAACCCUUCGUCCUCACAACUUCCAUACCCAUACGAAAAUGACAACCCGCUUCAAGAAGAACCGCAAGAAGCGCGGCCACGUCAGCGCUGGUCACGGACGUAUUGGUAAGCAUAGGAAGCAUCCUGGAGGUCGCGGAAACGCCGGAGGCAUGCACCACCACAGGAUCCUCUUUGACAAAUAUCACCCUGGGUAUUUCGGUAAAGUCGGUAUGAGGUACUUCCACAAGCUCCGCAACAAGUUUUACUGCCCCAUUGUCAACAUCGACAAGCUCUGGUCUCUCGUCCCACAAGACGUGAAGGCAAAAGCCAACAAGGACGCCGCGCCGAUGAUCGACGUGACCCAGUUCGGGUACUUUAAGGUCCUUGGAAAGGGUGUUUUGCCCGAGGACCAACCGAUCGUGGUUAAGGCUAAGUUGGUGUCCAAGACAGCUGAAAAGAAGAUUAAGGAGGCUGGUGGUGCUGUUGUGCUCACCGCCUAGGUUAGCUUUUCUGUUUUUGUGGUUUUUGGAUUUGAAUGACAUUUCUGUUAUAUUAUUAUCUUAUGUUGUUUGGAGUUGAUCUUGAAAUGAGAUUUUCAAUUUAUUUUGGUCAAUUAUAUAUCAAGUUUGCGACGAUUUGGGUUA